GCGUCCUUCUUCUUCUCAUAGCCGUUGACUUUGAAUGCUUCCCUAGUUCCUUAACAUCACCUCCUGCCCCUCUUCUCCCUCGCUUGUUCUAUAUACCGAUGAAGCUAACAAACCCUGGUUUCUCGAUCCCUAUAGCGACGAAGGAAGCCUCUCCAGUAGCAGACUUCAGAGCCAGAAUAGUUGAUUCCAACGGGAACGAGCUCGCUUCAUUUCCGACGAAGAAAAGCUCCCCUCAUGGCGUCGAGAAUUGCCGACCCGAUGCGUCUUCGCUCCAAAGGUCAAAGUUUUCACCCGAUCCCUACUCCUGCGCCGGUCUGAUUCGAGAUUUCAAGAACUUCAGGAAGAGCGGCGCUCCUUCCAGGUUCCUCUUCCUCAAGAACGACUCUUGGAUCGACUUCCCCCGCGAAGUGUUCGAUAUUUUGAGGGCUGGUUUCGUCGCCGGCAAGGCCAUUUUAGAGGUCGCUGUCGAUAAUAGUUCGUAUAUUUUUGACUUCCUACAUAUGACUCAGAUUGAUUUGGGGACGGGAAUUUCGAAUUCUAUCGCUUGGAUUGAUAUCAAUGGGCAAUGCUUUUUCCCAAGAAUAGAUGCGGAUGAGCAGAGGAAUGUUCCUCGUCCGAAGCUGGAGAUCGAAGUGAGAAUCGAUAAGCGCUCUUCGGUAGCUCCAUCAGAUCGUAGUAACCCUCUUAAGAGAAGGAGAGAUGAGUUCGAGCCCAUCGAAGAACACUCCGACGAGAGUCCUGAGACCUCCACCACUGCAAGUUCGAACAGGCCGACAUGGCCAGGAGUUGAAGUGCUGGGAGAUGGAGAUCGAUAUUACAAGGUUGUGGAGAAGUUAUUUCUUGAUGGAAUGAGGAAAUUUGCUCCAGACACAGUCAUCACUUCGAUCCACAAAUGCUUGCACUCCGGCUCCUCAGGGAAUUCCCGACUCAAAGCUUUCCAGAUACAGAUGCAGAUGACGAAGGCCAACCGGGGCGAUGGCAAUGUGAAAUUUGGUUGGUAUGGAACGCCGGCAAGGGACGUCGCCGCCGUCCUUUCUCACGGUUUUGGGCAGCCUAACAACGGAACCUUGGGUUCUGAUGCUUGUGGUGUUGGCAUCCACCUCUCCCCACCACAUUCUCCAUACACAAGUUCUUUGUUGUCUGAAGCGGAUGUUAAUGGCGAGAGGCACAUCAUAUUAUGCCGUGCGAUCAUGGGAAAGCCUGAGAAAGUUGAGGCAGGCUCCCUCCAGUUCCAUCCUAGCAGCCAAGACUUCGAUAGCGGCGUCGACGAUCUUGCGAGCCCAAAAUGGUAUAUUCUGUGGAGUACUCGCAUGAACACUCACAUUCUGCCUGAGUAUGUUGUGAGCUUCAAAUCCUCAAGGAAAUCUCAAGAUCCAGAGAGAAUCAUGAGUCCAUCAAGGAAACCUUCUAUAACAAGUCUGUCCUUCCAAAAACUGUUUGCAGACAUAGGAGGAUCCCUUUCAUCCUCGAGAAGACAAGCUAUAGAGAUAUUCUAUGAUCAUUACAAGGCAGGAAAGAUGAGCAAAGGCACCUUUAUUAAACACCUGAGGUCUAUUGUUGGUGACAAGCUAUUAGCUUCCACAAUCAGAAGAAUCCGGGGAUGCUGAUAAAAAUGAGAGUCUCCGGCAUCAUGUUUUGCAAGGUGUGCGGGCAUCAUAUUGUGGAAUUUUGUUGUUGGUUUCACUCUUGUCCAAGAGAAGUUUAGCUGUGAUUUUGAUCGCAACAUUUCCAACCAUCUGAUUUGUCUAACGCCUCGAAAUGCAACAUAGUUUCUGUCCUGUUACAGCUAAUAUAUUAUCUCUGGCAAUCUGUAUUUUCUAUCUUUUUCUUUGGCUGGUCGAACAUCCAUUAGGCAGGAGUUAAAGCUUGUAACUAUUCAAAAAUAAUCUAUUUUAGACUCUGAAAGA